AUGGCGAGUGAUAAUAAUCUUGAAACACAUGCAAUACUAACAAAAGCAACAAUGAAAGCAAAAAUUGUUACGGAUCUAAAGUGUUUAGCGAACAAAGCAUUUGCUAUCUUAGCUACGUUUGCUUCCUUUGCAAUAAAUGUAGAGAAUGUUGAUAUGGCAUUCAUAAAAACAAAUGCAAUUACAAAGAUUAUUGAAGGACUCGAUCUUUCUUCAAAUGACAUUAAAGAUCUCAUAGCCAUACUAGAGUGA